AGGAUGAAGAUCUUCCUCCUCAUCUUCACCAUCUGCCUGAUCUCAGAUGGAGGAGCCUCCAAAGAAGUAACAGGAUAUUCAGGAGGAGGAGUCCUAAUCAAGUGCAAGUAUGAUACAGAAUACACACAAAACCUAAAAUAUUUCUGUAAGGGUUCAUCGCCAGGCUGUUCUGAUCUAAUAAAGACAGGAGAUAAAAACAUGUGGGUAACUUCAGGAAGAUUCUCACUGUUUGAUGACACCAAAUCAGCAAAAUCAGAGUUCAGCGUGAUGAUCAGAGAGCUCACUGUAGAGGACACUGGGACGUAUCAGUGUGGAGUUGAAAUAUCUCAGGAAAAGUACAUUUACACACCAGUGGAACUAAAAGUAAAGGAAGAUGUUUCCUUUGAGAAGACCAUCAACAAGACGGUGCAUGUAAGAGGUGAUGUGAAUAUUAGCUGUACAUACCCAGAAUCCCACAAGAAUGACAAUAAGUUUCUUUGCAAGAGGCAUACAACUGCUGCUUGUCUUUAUAUGGCAACCAUUAAAGAAGAUGUGAGUGUGGGGAAGUUCUCCCUGUAUGAUGACAGAGAGAAACACGUCUUCACUGUGAGCCUCAACGAUGUCACUGAGCAGGACUCUGGUGAAUACUGGUGUGGAGCUGUGGCCUGGAAACAGGAUCAUGAAUACAAUGUUUAUUUUAUACACAUCAACCUGACUGUUACUGGAUUUUCAGCUUUCAUUUUGAUUGCUCUGUGGGCGAGUCUGCUGGUGUUCCUGAUUGGAUUCAUAUUCCUCAUUGUGAUUCUAUACAAGGGGUGCAAAAUGCAAGACCCAGAAACCAUGACACCAGUUUCCAGCGAGACAAAUGGAGAUUAUGAAAAUGUGCUUCAUCUCCAGUCAACACAAAACACCAAUCCACCAGAGUCUGUUUAUCAGAAACUGAACCCCAACACCAACCAACUGGAUUUAGUUUACCAAAAUAUGACCCUAAAAACCAACCAAUCAGAUUCCCUUAAUCACAGCCUGAACCCUAACACCAACCAAUCAGAUUCACUCUACCAGAGCCUAAACCCUAACACCAACCAAUCAGAUUCACUCUACCAGAGUCUGAACCCAACACCAACCAAUCAGAUUCCCUUAAUCACAGCCUGA